CCGGCUAGGGAGACACAUACCGCCUGCUGCCUGCUGCCUUUCUGCCUGAGCUCCAGGCUCUGCUGUCCUCGCCGCUCCCUCCCCCCACAUGCAGCUCUCCGUAAGGGGCAACGCUGACAUCCCCCGACUGCCUCCACAGCUCCAUUGCUCUGCGGUGCAGAUGCUCGCUCUCUCUGAGUGAGUUUUUUUCCCUCUCCUCUGCUUGCUCUAGCUCUCAGGCUGAGGGAUUCAGCAGAUAAUCAGUGUGUCGGCGAGUGAGAGUGAGCGACUGAAGCAAAGAGAGAGAGACUGGAUCAGGUGCAGGAGCCUUCCCUUCGUCUGUCUCUUUCUGUUACUCUCUCUUUCUGUCUGUCUCCAGCCUGGCACAUACAGAAGGGUAGACAGGACUCAUAAUCCAGGAAUAAGCCAUCAAUUCACUCUUCUUCUCUGGGACUCACCGCAAAGGAGGGAGAAGAGGAGGGAGACAAUCACAGCAGGACUUUGCAGACUGACAAGUCUUGCGUUUUUAUUUCUUUGCUCGCUCUGCGUCCCACCUCACCCUGCCCCUCCCCUCUAUCCCACCCGCACCCCUGCUUGCUCCAGCCACACACACACACACACACACACACCCAGAGUGUGUAUCCAGGGGAGGACUGACAGACAUACAGAUUGCCAGACAGACUGACAGAUUGCCAGACGGACCCAGUAGGAUAUGGGGUCCAGAGGAAGCGGCAGGUUCACUAUGUCCAGGUGUUUGCGCUCAGGAGACACCGUCCACGCAAGUGUUGUCGUCACACUUCUGCUCGGGGUAUGGUGUGCUUCAGCGCUGGAGGUGUCAGUGGGGAAGGUGCCCUUCAUGGAAGCGAUGAACGGCAGCACGGUGCUGUUACCCUGCAUCUACUCCAGCUGCAUCGGCAUCAAGAACCUCUACUUCAACUGGCACUACAACGACAACGGCACCAUGGCGAAGCUGUGUGAGGCGGUGAUCCCUAUAGAAGGUGUGGAGCCACGGGUGCAGGUGUACCAGGAGCGGAUAGAGUUUGUGGGCAGCAGCAAGCACAACAACAUCUCCAUCCUGCUGUUCAACGUGACCUUCGAGGACGAGGGCGAGUACACCUGUUUCGCCCGGAACCCCAAGGAGAAGAACCGCAACCAUAGCGCCGUCUUCACCCUGUUCGUGGUGGAUGAACUGAAAGUGGUUGACAAUACCGUAACCACCAUCAUCGUGUCUGUCGUUGGCGGAGUCAUCGGGUUGAUCAUUGUUGUCAUGGUGACAAAGACUGUGGUGCUCCUCAUCCUAAAAAAGUCUGCAGAGAAGAACGCUGGGAUUCGAACCGACAGCUCUUCGGCUACCGCCUCCCCCCUUUGAAACUGUCAUGGAACAUUGUAAAGAGUGCCUUGUGAGCUCAGGACAGGACAACACAGAAAAUGGACUCAGCGCAGCCAAAGCGGACACCAAAGCCACACCAAAGGCAUGAAACAUGUGCACCUAUGUAUAUGUACAUAUAUGUCUGUACAUGUAUAUAUGUACACAUGAAAAUAUAGGCAUAGAAAGAAAUCUAUUAUCAAUGAACUGUUUUAUCUUUAUCUAAUGACAAAAGUAUAACAUAAACCUAUGUGAAAUAGUAUGUCAAAUGUAUAUUUUAAAUUGUGCUAGAGAUUUUGGGGAACAUGAUAGCUAAUCAGGGCUGGAUCAGACACUCCAAUGACACACCCUAAAGAUUGUGUAUCCGAUUCAGAGUUUAUUGAGGUAUUUAUCUGAAUCGCGUGAAAGCCUACUUUCUGAACAUUUCUGGAAUCAACAUCAAUGUCUCACCAGUUACUCAUUCAUGUACACUAUGUAAAAACAUCUGGUUGACGUUUAUUGGGAUGAAUCUUGUCCUGGGGGCAGAGCUGAGCGGUUUCCGCUAGAUUUAAGAUUAGGGUUAGGCAUAAGGUUAACAGUGUGGUUAAGGUUAGGGUUAAGGUUAGGUUUAAAACAGAGGAGGCUGCCAGGUGGAGCUAGAGGAGGAUGGACUCAUUGUAAUGCCUGGAAUCCAAUGGAGUCAAACGUGGUUUCCAUAUGUUUAAUGUGUUUGACAUCUUUCCAUCAUUCCAUUCCAGUCAUUAUAAUGAGCCUGUCCUCCUAUAGCUCCUCCCACCAGCCUCCUCUGGUUUAUAAUCAGAUUUUUACUUUGUGGCUAAACCAGCUAGUGACCACCCUGCAGAGCUGCCUCCAGGACAAGAUUCGUCCCAAUAAACACACACACAGUAACUCACACACUGCCAAGUUCUACGAACUGCCAUAUUGUAUACUCUACGACAGCACAAUAUAUUCUGACCAUCUCUGCAGCUCUUUUGAUUACGAGACAUAUUUAUGGUAGCCUACUGCCCGAUAGAGAUUCUUUGUACUCUCUGUGCACCUUGUACAGGGGGCAAACAGCUUCCCUCCUUUAACCAUAGUGAACCUUCACAGUCCAUUUUUGACAGAAAGGCAAUGCCUUGAAAGCUGAUCCGGAACUAAUUCCAUACAGUAUCAAUUGUGUCUAUUCAAUAGGAUAUACAGUAACCAAAAGAUCUUCACCACUAUGAUGAACGACUGCUACGGUUAUUACUAAGGUCAAGACUCUUCAUUAGAUCUGCGUACAGAGUACAAAUACGGUAAACGCAGUGGGCUGGGUUAUGAGCACAAUGUCACUGCCGAGGAAAGGAAUGCGACAAAGGAGAAGAGGAAGAAGGGAGUCAUUGGAGUGUAUAUUAGAUCCAGGCCGGAACUGGUUUGAUUCAUUUUUGCAUUAGAUGAAACACAGGUGCCUGUACUCACUUCCUGCUCCAUUCGCUUUUAGGGAGCCUUAAAACCGCCAUGAAAAACACACAUAAAAAAAGAUUGAAAAAACACAGAAAAUAUCAAAAAAUAUCCAGGCCUAAAGUAAAAGACAAUUCCCGCGUAACCCAUUUCCCUGUAGAAAUGAAUGAACAUUUAUGAUGCUGCUUCUAACAAAUAACCAAUGCAUUUUUCUUAGCAUGUGAAUGUUGUUUAUAUAUAUGCGACAUGUCCAUACCAUAGGAAAGACUGCUCUCUAGUGUUCUGUCAUCACCUGGCCUGCAUGCAUAGUGGAUCUGUAGGCUACUUGCAGUUUCUUACAUUUACAUUUAAGUCAUUUAGCAGACGCUCUUAUCCAGAGCGACUUACAACCACUUCAUUCGAUGCAAACCCCCAUAGCACUAACAUGUUCAUGUGGCGACUAGCCUAUAACAGAAUAAUGCCCUCCAUCUUCACUACUGCAAAACAUUGCACCAUUGACUCGGAUGCCAACUACCAAGCUGGCUCAUCAUCGCUACCCCCUUGACCUUGUGUAGCCUACACUGUCCCCUAUUCAAAUCAAUUGCCAUAUGAACCAAAUGGCCCACUACUGGUAUGCAUGAGUUUGAGCUGCAGAAUGUAGCUACUACAAAGGUUCGUUGUCCGUAAUCAAGGCGUUCCUUUAUGACUCCGGCCCCUCAAGACUGAAUGUCAUAUUGCCUCGAUGGGAAACGUGCCAUUCUCAAAGCGAGCAUCUCAAACCAGGCCACAAGCCAUAACUCAUCUGUUUACAUGUAUUUAUCUCAUUUUCAACCUGUUUCUAAAGCAAAUGGGUUACUUGUACAUUCAUAUUUGUUCAAAUUCAGAGGUGCCACUUGAAGUGACGACCACACCUUUAAUACGUCUAGGUGUGUGGAAAGCAUCAUUGUAGUUGCAGAGCUAAGACCCAUACAUGAAUGUCCACUUCGUAGGUUUUACUCAUCUGAGAUGGAAAUGUAGUAGGCCCCUCCAUGUCCUCGUCCUGAGACAGUAAAAUGUACAGGGCUUUAGGGAGAGAGUGGUGCUGUAGACUUAGGAAGGGUGUUAAUAGGAGCCUUACUCGUGUAGAGUAUCCUUAUGAACAUCCAGACUGUGGUUGAUAUAAGGAGUAGAGAGCGAUGUGCUUGUAGACUUUGCAGGGAAGGUGAUGUUUGCCCCGGUUGAUUAUAUGUUUUUUUAUUUUACCUUUAUUUAACUAGGCAAGUCAGUUAAGAACAAAUUCUUAUUUUCAAUGACGGCCUAGGAACAGUGGGUUAACUGCCUGUUCAGGGGCAGAACGACAGAUUUGUAUCCGUAUUGUGUGUGGCGAUAGAUAGACAACAAGUUAGAUCUGGACAAGUAGUCUGUCUAGGGAUAAUCUUUGGAAAGGUCUCCCUCAUCACUUGACCUGUAGUACCUUUUUUUAUUUAUUACCAGGGGCCCCGGUGACACGGAGAGCCAGGGAAUGCUUUUAGACCGAGCGCUGCCAUACCCACAUCCAUCCCAUGGUUGUGAUUUGAAUCCUAUAGGGUCAUUUAGUGGAUGUAGUCGUGGCACUGGACUUACGUUUGCCAUGUAAUGUCUUAGCUUUAGAGAGCAUAAGGUGACACACAUGAUAUUGCGGCAUCGUUCCAGCAGGUUCUUGCAGAAUCACCUUUACCGUCACUGCCGUUUCUGUAUUCUACUCAUACAUGACCUGUGUUUAACGGAAGCAAUACGACUGGCAACUUUCAUGUGCUGUUGUGGUGGUAAAACAGAUGCAAUAGCCAACUCAUGAAACUAGAUACUGGGUACGGAGGUGUGCUACCUGCUUUAUGCACUGAUGUCCCAUCUGUUUGCAUUGAUGUGGUACAAGGUGGCACUCCUGUCCAUUGUAUUACCCCGUUGAAAACCAGUGACACACACACACACACACUCUCUAUUGGUUCCAUUUAGUCAGUGAACCAUUACUCCUUUGACAUUGGGGAAAAGCACACAAAGCCUGCCUCUGGGAGAAAAGCAAUACUAUUCCGUUGAUCCUUGUCUGUCAGUGUAUAAUCAAGCCCUCCGUUGAGGUAUUCGGAAGGAUCAUGUCGAUGAAGAAAAUGAUUCACAAGGCUAGUUAUUGUAUCCGUAUCUUGUUGUUUGCAGAUUCAUUGUCCCUUCUGUAACUUUAAUCAGAUCUGACAAUGUACAAAAAUACCAUUAGUAUUUAUUGCGUGUUAAAGUACAGAGUUGUCCUUCACUGUUCACUGCUUCAGUAUCUCUAGGAGAACAGUAUCUGUUCAAGCCCUUCAGUAUUAACAGUUCCACAAGCUCUGAGCUCAACUAGCCAAGUCUGAACUAAGAUCAACCAGCCCUGAGCUCGACUAGCCAUGUCUGAACUGAGAUCAACCAGCUCUGAGCUCGAUUAGCCAUGUCUGAGCUGAGAUCCACAAGCUCUGAGCUCAACUGGCCAUGUCUGAGCUGAGAUCCACAAGCUCUGAACCUGCUUGUGCACGUCUGAGCUGCGGGGUGCAGCAGUGAGCAUGCCCAGUGUAGUGAUCCUCUAGAGGCAGUCGCAUAGCCGCAGUGAUGCAUUGUGGGCCACAUGUUAUGAUGGACUAAAAGCUGCAAUCAGCUCAAGCCUGCGUCGCCGCGGCAGAUCCACACGACUCACCCUGUGAACCAACGUCUCAGGUAACACAGACUAACAGCAUGGCUGGUAGUAUUACUUACAGCACAGUAUUAUUAGGCACCAUUUGAUACAAUCUUAUCACACUUGCACAACCAUGAAAUGAAACAAAUGUCAUGUGUCUGUUGGUUUUGAUACCUUGUGCACAUUAUGACAGUACACAGAAAUACAGCAAGCCUUCAAUGAUGAUUCACUGGUUUACGACUACAGCAAAAACCCGGAAAAUGAUAGAGCUAUAUCUCACGUUCAGUGUUAUCAAAAUACUUAUCGAGCAUGAGAAAUCCAAUCAACGCUAAUACAUGCCAUGAAUUCUCUGCAGCUCAAAUAAGAAUACUCCAAUUUGCUAAUAAUGCAUUGUACAUUGCCACAAGGUAUAUGUGUUCGCUAUAAAGAUCUACAAUGAAAGUCGGGACACAAAUAUAAAUAUAUCCAGUCCUAACAUUGUCUGCUUCUUAUAUAAUAUAUGUAUUAAUCAUCUGAUUUGAUACUAAUAUGGGUUUCCUGUGGCCCACUGCCAGAGCGACUCCUACUCACACUGCCAAGCCAAGAGUUUGUGAAGUCUGCUCUCUGCUUCCCACAUUCCAGUGCAGAGAACACCUCCUGCUCCAACCUGCAGUAUAUUGUACAGUACAGUACAGGUCCUCUGGCCAAACUGCGUUUUAAAACUCCUUUUCUAAGUUUUAGCCCACCAAGGUCAAGCAAACAAAUAAGCAAAAUAAAGUUGUAUCUAUUUUCAUCCUUGUCACAAUGGGUGUGCAUUUGUAGCCAACUGAAGCUACCCACAGCACAGUCUAAUCUAUAGUCAAAUAGAUAGGAAUUUACUCUGAGCUCAUAAGGUAGCCAGGUUACUGCCUGUUAGGAUCACUACACACACACACACAGGUUUACACAGUUUUCACCCAUGAUCCUCUACUCCAUGGAGCUGUUCAGGGUUCUGAGGAGGGGCUGUUUUCGCUCCCUCACUGGCCUCACCCACAGGGUGACUGUCUGUGGGUAGCAGUCCCUAGACGGCCAGGCUCGAAUGGACUCAAGUGGCAGUAUCAUCCUGAUGUCGAUGUACAGCGCAUUUGCUCUUUGUUAUUGGGGUUUAACGAGUGCUGUACUUCCACAAUGUCUUGCUAAAUUGUAACGACCACUGUCAAGCCCAAGCUGAGCAUGAGGGCUAAUGUGGCUCGUGCAGAGGAAAACAGCUCGCCCUCUCACCCACCAAAACACACACCCGCUUACUGUGAGGCAGUCACUGACUGACCUGACACAACCCCCUCAGGCUCAAGAGGUGAUGCUUCCUUUAAGAACUAUAAAGUGAAUGUGCAACACACCCCUCCUACUCCUGUUUCUGUAAUAGUGUCUAACGUUCUCCCCUCUCAUUAACUAUGCACCCCAAUUGUUUUUUUUCCCUCUGGAAUUGUAGAGAAGAAAAAAAAGUAUAUAUAUACAGGAAAUAAAGGUUUGCAUAAAAGGAG